ACAGCAUCAUAAAUCUCAUCACGACGAACUUUCUUCUCUUUCUCCGUCGAUUCAAUCCUCCACUUCCCGAUUCCUUCCUCCGCCGCCGGAGAAACCUUCACAACCUCCGUCUCAAACCUAACCAUCUCCUCAAUCCCAAACUCCUUAGCGAAAUCUUUCAAAUACGCCAAAACUUCGCCAUGACUCGGAAACCUCCUCGGAUCUCUAGACACACCGGAACGAACCACGAACGGGAAAUCUCUGUAUCCGGUACACUCUCGUGUACCGUUGAUUCGUAGAGAUCUAUAGACGCUUGAAUGAACAACGGAUCGGGUCGGGUCAACACUUAACGGAUCCGAUUCGACUUCAUCGGUGUAGAUCCAGGUUCCUCCGACUUGUUUUUGUUUCUCGAAAACGACCACCGAGUGACCUUCUCGUCGAAGCUCUCGUGCCGCUACUAGACCUGCAGGUCCAGCACCGAUAACCGCCACGUGGUGUGAUCUGGUUGGUGAUAAUGCAGGUGCCAUUUGUGUGUUCUUUGAUUAGAAUCUAUGAAUCACAAUCACACACAGUUGUUACAAUUUAUGAUUACAAUGUUUUUAAUAAUCAAUUUGGUGUGUUAGAAACUUACACGAAUCUGUUAUUACAGACGUAGAUUGCCACGUUUUGGUUGAUAGAGAGAAAUGCUUUUAUUAUAUAACUUGUGUCAUUGUAUUUCUUCUCCACCGAGACAGUGAAACAUCAAUCAAUAUGAGCAAUCAUCAAACUAAGCAGGUAUUGAAGCAAUUGGAGCCAUGGUGUGAACUUAAAGAUAAAGUGGUUCUUGUGACAGGUGCUUCAUCUGGUAUAGGGAGAGAGAUCUGUCUUGAUCUAUGCAAAGCUGGUUGUAAGAUUGUAGCAGCAGCUCGUCGUGUUGAUCGUCUCAACUCUCUCUGUUCUGAAAUCAACAGCUUUGGUGCAAUCGGAGUCCAAGCCGCAGCUCUUGAGCUAGACGUUUCAUCAGACGCAGACACUAUUCGAAAAGCGGUUAAAGAAGCUUGGGAAAUCUUUGGAACGAUCGAUGUUUUGAUUAACAAUGCUGGAAUCAGAGGCAAUGUCAAGUCUAGUUUGGAUUUAUCAAAAGAAGAAUGGGACAAAGUCUUUAGAACCAACUUGACCGGAUCUUGGUUAAUAUCCAAAUACGUCUGCCUUUUGAUGCGUGACGCUAAGCGUGGGGGCUCGGUGAUUAACGUCUCGUCGAUCUCUGGGCUUCAUCGCGGUUUGUUGCGCGGUGGACUAGCGUAUGCUUGUUCCAAAGGUGGUGUUGACACCAUGACGAGGAUGAUGGCUAUUGAGUUAGCUGUUUAUAAGAUCAGAGUGAACUCGAUCGCACCUGGGAUUUUCAGGUCAGAGAUCACACAAGGUCUUUUCCAGAAAGAGUGGCUCGAGAAGGUAACGGAAAAGAUUGUACCAUUAAAGAUGCAACAGACUGUGGAUCCGGGGCUUACAUCUCUCGUUCGCUAUCUCAUUCACGAUUCUUCCCAAUAUGUCACCGGGAAUACAUACAUAGUCGAUUCCGGAGCUACACUCCCCGGUGUGCCCAUUUUUUCUUCUCUUUGAAAAUCUUAGUCAAAAUCUUCUGU